UCGAAAUGCCACAUCGGCUACCACAGCAUCCUGCUGCUGGGACAAAAAGUCUCGCGCCUUGGACUGUCAACUCACGCGGAGAAAGUCGCGGCGAUACUCGAUCUCGAGCGCCCUACGAAUGUGCACGAUUUGCAAAAGUUUUUGGGGAUGGUCGUAUAUUUCUCCUCAUAUAUACCCUUCUACUCUUUUAUCGCAUCGCCGCUA